CUCUCGUUCUCGUUCUGGUUCUAAAUUCUCUCUGCAAAUUCGAAGAAGCAAGCAAGUCGACGCAAAGAUGGUGACCGCCGAUGCAGCUCGAAACGUCGUCGGUAUCAUUGGCAAUGUCAUCUCCUUUGGCCUUUUCCUCUCCCCAGUUCCAACAUUUUACAGAAUCAUUAAGAAAAAGACGGUGGAAGAAUUCAAGCCGGAUCCUUACAUUGCAACAGUGUUGAACUGCUUGUUCUGGUGUUUGUAUGGCAUGCCAUUUGUUCACCCAGACAGCCUUCUUGUGGUCACCAUUAACGGAGUUGGGCUUGUUCUGGAGCUCGCAUAUCUUGCUGUCUUCUUCAUUUAUGCUCAGAGUAAAGGCAGGAAGAAGGUAGCUUUUGGGCUUGCCUUUGAUGUUGUUCUCUUUGUCGCCAUUGCCGUAAUAUCGCUUACAGCAUUGCACGGCACAAAGAAGAGGUCUCUGAUGGUCGGCAUUGUCUGUGAUAUUUUCAAUAUCAUAAUGUACGGUUCUCCUCUUACAAUCAUGGCAAAGGUUAUCAAAACCAAGAGUGUGAAAUACAUGCCAUUUUACCUCUCAUUGACCAACUUCCUAAAUGGUUGCUGCUGGACAGCUUAUGCUCUCAUCAAAUUUGACAUAUACAUGCUGGUCAGCAAUGGUCUUGGUGCAGUUUCUGGUGCUAUUCAACUCAUACUUUAUGCAGCGUACUGCAAGUCAACUCCAAAAGACGACGAUGACUUUGCUGGAAAGCCUACUACUGAAGUGCAGCUCUCGAAUACAAAUGCAGCUGCUGCUGCUAGUGUCUGAUAAUUACUCUGCAUCUGCACAUGAACUUCCUAGUUUUAACCUCUCAGCUCCUUAAUUAGGUUAAUUUUGAUAGGGAAAAGGCAAGUUCUUUCUUUCUUUUUGGGAUUAAUUUUCUGGUUUGGAAUUGUAAAUAUAAAUUUUUGUUGAGCGGCUGCGCCAAGUAACUGAAGCACUGCAUUGACAAUUAUUUGUUUGUGGU